AUGCCAUCGAGUCUUUCCGAGCCCCGGAAAACGGUCGAGUUUCGUGAGGUUUACCGGAAUAACAAGCCGACGGACAAAUCGGUGCUACAGCGACUAUGCACGUGGAACAAGCGGCGCUUUACCAACAUUUUGCUGACCACGUUUCCGUUUUACCGGAUAAUGCUCAAGUACCAGUGGAAGACGGAACUUCUGGCUGACGUAGUCUGCGGAAUUACGGUCGGGAUUAUGCAGUUUCCUUCCGGUAUGGCGUACGCGAUGUUGGCCGAGUUGCCUCCCGUUGUUGGCCUGUACGUCUCGUUCUUUCCCGUACUCAUCUACUUCUUCUUCGGAACGUCCAGACACUGCGCAAUUGGCACGGCGGCUGUGGUGGGACUCUUAGUGGGCUCCGUCAUGGCCCGGUUCUACACCGUCGCGGCGGCAGUUGCCGGCGGCCCUGCUAACGCCACUCUGGAUGCCAAUGUGACGGUUGUCAACACGGCUGUAUCGUCGACGGGGGUCACUGACGAGUUCAAAAUUGGCAUCGCCAUGUCGCUCACGUUCCUCGUCGGCUUUGUACAAAUCAUCAUGGGUGUUUGUCGCCUCGGUUUUGUGACCACGUACAUGUCCGACCCUCUGAUUGCCGGCUUCACCUCUGGCGUCGCUAUCCACGUGGGGACCAGCCAGAUCAAGCACCUGCUCGGACUGAAGCUGCCGAGAACGGACGGAAACUUCCAAGUCAUAAAUACAUGGAAGUACAUCUUCCUGAACAUCCACAACACGAACCACGUUCCUGUCAUCAUAUCCGCUAUUUGCAUUGUGGUCCUUUACCUGGUCAAAGCCCAGGUCAAUGAGAGGUUCAAGAAGAAGCUCCCGGUCCCCAUUCCAAUUGAAAUCGUCGUGGUUGUGCUUGGUACAGUUGCUUCCCAUUUUGGAAAAUUCAACGAGAAGUACAAUGUUGUAAUCGUCGGUAAAAUUCCCAGUGGUUUCCCGGUACCCAGUGUCCCGACCUUCCACGGUGUAGACGUGUAUUUUACGGAAAUAAUCGUCAUCGCUAUCAUCUCCUUCGCCCAGUCGGUCUCUUUGGCAGCUAUUAUGGCAAAGAGAAACCAAUACACGAUAAACUCGAAUCAGGAAUUAAUUGCCUACGGCAUCAGUAAUGUGUUCGCCUCGUUUUUCUCAUGCUUCCCAUUAGCCGCCUCCGUCUCUGGUUCAUCGGUGCAAGAAUCCGCUGGCGGAAAAACGCAGGUUGCAAGUCUAUUUUCUGCCGCGCUGGUGAUGAUAGUUAUCUUGGUGCUUGGUCAGCUCUUCACUAACCUUCCAAAUUGUGUAUUGUCAGCAAUUAUUGUUGUGGCCAUCCGAGGGUUGGUCUUGCAGCUGCUGGAGCUACCAAAAGUCUGGAAAACAUCCAAAUACGACCUCUUCAUCUGGGUGGUGACAUUUCUAAUCACGACCCUUGUGCAUGUGGACAUGGGGCUCCUGAUCGGCAAUGUGUUUUCCUUUUUCACAGUGGUACUGAGAACACAGGUAGGCAAACCCGUGCACUUGGCAAAGGUAUCCGACGAAAAGCUGUACAGAGACCCCAAGUACUACAUCCGGACAAUGGUGCAUAACACGAUCAAGGUGAUCGGCUACCACUUCCCUAUCUACUACGCGAACGGGGAACUUUUCACGAGCGAAGUGUAUCGUCUAGCAAGCAUCAAGCCAGAGGCCUUGAAAAAGCACAUCCGGCGAUCGAACAUGGCCAGCAGUAGCAGUUUGUCAAGCAUGAACAGCGUGAAAACUAACGUCUCGACUGCAAGCACCGAUAGGCCAGAAAGCGUCAUUGAAGUGGAUCACGCUUUCCCCGUCGUUGAUCCCCAGAAUAUAUAUCCGAUGGUGUUCAAGUACCCUCUGUCUCACAUCAUCCUGGACCUGUCCGGGGUCUCUUUCGUUGACACUGUUGGCUGCAAAGUUAUCAAAAACAUUAUUUCGGAAUACGCUGCUGUUGAUGUUAAAGUGUGGAUGGCCAAUGUUUCUGACGACAUCUGGAAUAUUUUCGAAGAAUUGGAGAUAGUGCCGGCUUACAAGGACAGUAUCUUCCUCACGAUAGAUGACGCGGUCAAGGCUGCUUGUGAAGAGGUUGAGAAUCACAACGUCAAUGACAAGCUGGACGAGGCAAAGACAAUAAGCGAAAAAAUCUAUGACGUGCGAUUGUGAUGGAGUUCUUGUGUUAAUUUUAACACUUAUCUUAUUACGUGUGGACACUUAAAGAAUUACAUAAAUUUAUUGAUGUGUGGUAAUUUGCAUAAUUACUUAUGUAAAUAAUUCCAAAUAUGCAUGUAUGUUGUUCAUAACACGUUUUUAGUUUUGUUUGAAAGAGUUUUUACAACCAAUUAAGUUGAACGCUUAGUUUGAAGUUUGAUAUUUGAUGUAUAUUCAUAUUCAUAUCAUUGGCAAAAAAGCAUCGUUUGUGAUCACCGCUCAUACAAUUAUGUUUAUACGGAUUCAUAAUGUUCGGUGAAAUUGACAUUACAUUGACGUGCGUAUAUGACGUUAUACUUUCUUAUGUAUAAUUGUAUAAUACAAAAGAUAAACUUCGCGAGCCUAAGCAUGGCGAACCACUAGUAUUAAGCAUAUAUCAAAGUGCAUUUAAGCGAAAUAUAUACUAGUACUACUACAAGAUCUCGUAUACCAACCCAAGCUCAGGACUUACCGGCAAAUUAAACAUGAACUUGGUUGUGAAAAUUAUGUGUCUAUGCAACUACCAAAGCAUUUGAGAUCUUACAUUGCUCAAAUAAGAACAGGUACCUUACCGCUGCGGAUUGUAACCGGGCGGGUUAGAAACUUAAAGAUCGAAGAAAGACUCUGCCUUCUGUGUAAAGAACCCAAUAAGGUCGAAACAGAAUACCAUUUCUUAUUUGAAUGUCCUUUGUACCUUUUUUAAGAUUAUUAUUUUAUAACUGUAUAUCAAAUAUUAAACCAAACAUAACUACCAUCCCGUAUACAUAUAUAUAUACAUAUCGUAUUAUUGCUGUAAAUACCAAUGAUAUUUAUGUACAAUGCGUCACUUUAAUAAAAAAAUAUACAACUACUA